AAAAAAACAUGGUACCAGUUUGAGCGGCGAUCCGUUAGCCUCGCCUUUCUCUCAAUCUCACGAGAAAGAGAAAUCUUAGAAGUCAACAACCUCGUCAUUAAUGCACGAUCCUCUUCCCUUUCUUUUCACUCCUCGUCGUCACCUCCACCACCAUGUGAAUAUCUAGCGAUAUCUCUGCUUCUUAGAAACGUUAUUAUUGUCAUGGAUCUUCUUCUUCAAAUUACGAGCUUAUUUAACGUGUGAAAGAGCUUCUUCGGUGUGAUUUUUUGUAGAGUGAAAAAGAAAAUAAUAAAGGGUUUUGUAAGACAAUGGAGAAGAAGAAGUAUCCCAUUGGAUCCGAGAAUUAUCUUCUUUACGAAGAGGUUGGUCAAGGUGUUAGUGCUUCUGUUCAUCGUGCCUUGUGUGUUCCUUUUGAUGAGAUUGUCGCCAUCAAGAUUCUUGACUUUGAACGCGAUAACGCUGAUCUGAGUAAUAUUUCACGGGAAGUGCAAACAAUGAUCUUGGUGGACCAUCCUAAUGUUCUGAAAUCACAGUGCUCCUUUGUCAGUGAUCAUAAUUUGUGGGUUGUUAUGCCAUUUAUGGCUGGGGGUUCUUGUCUUCACAUAUUGAAGGCUGCUUAUCCUGAUGGUUUUGAGGAGUUGGUGAUAGCAACAAUACUACGUGAGGUAUUGAAGGGAAUAGAGUAUCUUCAUCAACAGGGCCACAUACAUCGCGAUGUUAAAGCUGGUAAUAUUCUCGUUGAUGGACGUGGCGCAGUCAAGUUGGGAGAUUUUGGUGUUUCUGCUUGCCUUUUUGAUUCAGGAGACAGGCAACGGAUGAGGAAUACAUUUGUUGGGACGCCUUGCUGGAUGGCACCUGAGGUCAUGGAGCAGCUUCAUGGAUAUGAUUUCAAGGCUGACAUCUGGUCCUUCGGGAUAACUGCUUUGGAGCUUGCGCAUGGGCAUGCUCCUUUCUCAAAAUAUCCUCCAAUGAAGGUGCUGCUUAUGACCUUGCAAAAUGCACCCCCAGGCCUGGAUUUAGAAAGGGAUAAGAAGUUCUCUAAGUCUUUUAAGCAGAUGAUUGCUAGUUGUUUGGUAAAAGAUCCUUUGAAACGACCUUCUGCAAAUAAGUUGUUAAAGCAUUCCUUUUUCAAGCAAGCAAGGUCGAAUGACUAUAUCGUACGGACAUUAUUGGAUGGAUUGCCCGAUCUUGGUGAUCGUAUCAAGGAUUUGAAGAGAAAGGAAGAAGACAUGCUUGCUCAAAAGAAGAUGCCCGAUGGGGAAAUGGAGGAACUAUCACAGAAUGAAUACAAACGGGGAAUUAGCGGUUGGAACUUCAACCUUGAAGAUGUGAAGGCUCAGGCUUCCUUGAUACCAGAUGCUGAGGACCAUACGACUGAUAGUAAUCCGGGAGGAAGCUCGAAUUCUUUGUCUACACUUGAUGCAGUUGAAAAGCAAUCAGAACCUCGGAAUUCUUCCCUAGGACAAGUCACAGAAAUGAUGGAGGAUAAAGACAUGCAAAAUCGAGCUGCACCACUUCCAUCAGUCAACUCUGCAAUAAAUAUUACGAAAGUUAGAAGUGUAAAAUCCGAUGAUGACUCAAUCAAUGCAAGUCCAUGCCAUGAAAGGCAUGUUUCGCAAAAUUCUUCACCUUUUCCAGAUCGUGUUGAAGGAAAUGCAACUGAAAGGCCAGCUUCUGAUAUCAACGGAAAACCUAGUGACAAGUUGCAAAAUCAACCACCAAAUAAUUCAAAUAUCAACGGAGCAAUAAUUAAUCAAGAUGGAGAUGAUGUACCUUCUGAAAAUCCUUCAAAGCCAUUUAAGUCAUCAGAGCUGUUUGAAGGGGCAAGCAGUGAGGAACUAGAUGAAAAGGCAAAGCCUCCAGUUGUUCAGCAAAGAGGACGAUUCAAAGUUACUUCAGAGAAUGUUGAUAUAGAAAAGGCGGUCUCACCUCUGGUUCUGCAGAAGAGUCACAGCAUGCAGGUUCGUAAUUUUGAGGUGCUCACCCAACAUCCAGGAACGCCUUCGCCAUCACCAUCAGAAACCAUACCAUCAACUGUUUUGGAUCAUUCUGUGUUUCCACUAUUGCUUUCUCUUCUACAGACAAAUAUUACUCAAAGGGAUGGUAUUCUGCAUCUAAUGAGGCAACUUUAUGGAGGUGACACUGCAGGCAACCGCACAACUGAUGGGGGAUGGGCAACGGCGCAAGGUGGAUCUACAGAGAAAUCUUUGAUAGAAGCAGCUCAUGAUAGGGAGAAGGAAUUGCUUCAUGAAAUAACCGAGUUGCAAUGGAGGCUUAUACGAACACAAGAAGAGCUCCAAAAGUAUAAAACAGAAAAUGCUCAGGUAUGAUUUCUUUAUCCAAAUGGGAGCUUGAUGGAUGCAGAACAAAUUCGAAAAACCUUACUAGCUACACCGGCGAAGCUCACAGAGGAGACAGUCCCUAGAUUGAUCAUAUUUUGACACAGAAGAGAACUAAUUGUUGGUAGCUCGUUAUUAUUUUUGGAUUACAGAUUUGUUUCAGCAUGUAAUAUUUUACCCCACAUGUGCAGAUUCACCAUUGAUGGAAUCUCAAAUGUAAACAAGAAAAGGUUUCUAUUUAUAAUCAACUUGCUAGUGUAAA